UUGCAGAUUUUUGAGAAAUACAGCUUUCCCCCCUUUGCCUAUGACUAUAUCCAUUUACCUUCUGUCAGUGUACUACCAGUUACAUUUUGCUGGUCUCAUCAACACCUAGAUUGCAGAUUGAUUAGUACCAGAUCUUUUGUACAAAGCAAAAAAGGUCUGCCCCCUUAUAGGUCAAAUUAUGAGUGCUCUCCAAAGCCCCAAGAAACUUUAAUUAAUACACCAGUAGAAGAAGUAAAAACAAUUGAUGUGGACCAUUUGAAACUAGAAGAGGACACAAAUGCUUAUGUUAACCUGGGAUUCAGUCCUGCUCAGAUAACACAGCUAUUUAGCUUGCAGCUGGAUGUACCAUUUCAGUCAAAAUUGACUGCAAUUUCAGAAUUACUCCUAUUGGGUUUAAGCAUAACCACAAUACUGAAGAUCUUAGAAAAGAAGCCUGAACUGCUGAAAAUGUCACCAAAACAUUUGAAGGAACGUGCAGAUCUUCUGAGGAGAUUUGGCUUAGAUGCAGGUAAUGCUUUCCCUGAAUUGUACAGUUACUGAAUUUAUAUACUGAAUUGAGUGAAUUAUUUAGUUCUAAUUUGUUUAGAUUCUGUCCACAAUAUAUUCAGUUUUCCUAAGGAAAAUGUUCAUGUUCAGUUAAUCAUAAGCAGUCAACGGAUAGUCAUCAAAUUGCUCCAAAUAGCUACACAUGUUUCUGAUCAAUUCCUUAACCUACACUGAAUUUCUUAUAUAUAGGUGCCAAUUGCUUGCCAAAAGAGAAUAUUAGGAUAUUUCACCCACCAUCUUUCAUUUCAGCAUAACCUUUUUUGCUGACAGAAUAAACAUUUGGGGGUUUGGUGGGCAUCUCAGAGGAUUAAAGAGUCUAGAGUAGUG